AUGUCAUGGAAUUCAUCUUGCAAUUUCUGCAAUUGCCACUUGGAUAAAGUGAGUUGCUCCAAAACUGAAUGCCCAUUUUUAUCAUGUGAAUCGAAGGAAGUUCCUUUGCUGGGGAUUGGAGAUUGUUGUCCUAAAUGCUCAAUUUUUAAAAAAACUUGCAGUGAGGACUCAUCACAUCACAUUCAUGGAACUGUAUGGUCUUCUGAUUCAAAUUGCAUUUUGUAUCAAUGCCAAGAUGGUUUUUCAGUGCCUUUCGUUAUGGAAUGCCCAUCUCUAGUGUGCUCAAAGGAUGAAUUUAUUUACCAGCUCGAUAAUGAAUGCUGUCCCAGAUGCAUUUCUCCUGCUUGUUUUAAUGAAGGCACCACACAGAUUCUGAAAGCUUUUGACAUUAAAAGCGAUUGCUUUUAUUCAAAUACCAAUAUUUCGAGACAAUGUGCCUUGAAGUCUGAUCACAGAGAAGUAUCAAAUAUUUUCUGGAAAGACCCUUGUACUCUCUGUACAAGUGAUUAUCAUAAUAGUAUGCACUGCUACUCACCAAAGUGUCCAGCCUGUGGAUCUCAAAGUGUCAAUUUUCCAUAUAAAAUGUGCUGUCCUUGCCCAAAACAAUCUUGUGCAAAGGGCUGCGUUGACUGCUUGACAAAUCGUCCUGAUUAUUGCACUGUAUGUGAGAGCAGAGAGCAAGUUAUUCAUAAUGGAAAGUGCAUCGACAAUUGUCCUAUGGGAUAUUUCAAAAAUGAGCGUAAUCAUUGUAAAAGUUGUUCAUCCUCAUGCAAAACAUGCUUUGGAAACAUGACAACACAAUGUUUUAGCUGUAAAAAGGGAUUUUAUUUUCAAAAAGGACACUGCAUACAAAAAUGUGAUAUUAACUAUUAUAUUUCAGGAGGCAAUUGUACUGAAUGUCAUAAAUCUUGUGAAAGUUGCACUGGUCCAAGUGAAAAUGAUUGUGUCAGUUGUGCCCUAGAAGGUCAACUAUUGCAGGAUGGACGUUGUGUUGAUAGUUGCUCUGGACACUUUUAUGUAGCAGAUAACUACUGCUUACCAUGUAAUGAAAGCUGUGCAAGGUGCUUAAAAGAUGGAACGUGCCAAUAUUGUGAAAAGAAUUUCUAUCUUGAAGAUGGUGUAUGCCUCCAAGAAUGCAGUGCGGGUUAUUAUAAAUAUUUAGAUGCAUAUUGUCUUCCUUGUCAUGAGGAAUGUCAGCAAUGUUUUGGACCGCUUUCAUUCCAGUGUACUAGCUGCCCGUUUACAUUAUACCUUCUUCAUAAUUCUUGUGUUUGGGAUUGUGGACAAGGAUAUUAUGGAGAUCUUGGAGCGGGUGUUUGUCGCACUUGCCAUCCUGAUUGUCGUGCAUGUUUAGGUGCUUCAAAUGAUAAGUGUUUAUCAUGUACAGAUGGCUAUUUACUACCUUAUGUAGGUACACAUUUUGGAAAAUGUGUUCAAAAGUGUCCUGCCCGGUACUUUUUAUCUGACUUUGGUACAUGUGAAGGUAGUGAAAGUUUCAGGCAUCAAAAAAUGAAAAUUCAAGAAUUGAAAUUUAACAUGCAAAAUAUUGACAGCUGUUAUGACAUCCAGAGACUGCAGUUUGGUCCCUGUUGUGGACUUAUCAGUCUGGAACAGUCAAUAACCAAGCUGGAGGCGGAUGUUCUCUCAUUGAAACUGAGUUACCAUCAAGCUGAUGAAUAUAUUACAGGGAACACAGAAAAUCCCAUCCUAACUCCGAGGAAUAUUCUCAGGCUUCCAGUUGGAGGAUCUAUUUAUAUUUCAGAAUCAUUCCUAAAUGCUUCUGAUCCUGAUUCUGACUCUUUGUAUAUCUUAGCUACUGAAAUACCGAAAAAUGGAUUUUUAUUAAGAGUUACAAGUCAAGGAGAAGAGCAAAUUUUGAAACCAGGAGAUAACUUUACUUCAGUAGAACUUUCUGAUGGUCAAAUAUUUUUCAAGCAUAUAUCUGGAAUCCCUUUGAAAGGUCCUCUUACUUUAAAAGUGACUGAUGGCUUUUUGAUAGGAAAUGAAAUUAAUUUUGAAGUUCAAGUUACUUCUGAUUUUCCUCCUCAAAUUAUACAAUUAAGAAACAUAAUUGUAUUUGAAAAUGCACAUGUAACUAUUAAUUCUUCUUUUAUUUACCUGGAUGAUAAAGACAAUAUUCAAGACAUUACUUUACAUGUGGUACAAAAGCCUUGUUAUGGAUCCUUAAUUUUACUGCCUACGGACAAAGAAGUUGAUGUUGUAAGUCAUGAAGACUUUCUCCAGAAUAAAUUUGCUUUUAAAUCUUCCAAACAUUCGUCAAUUUAUGAGGAUAACUUCAUUGUGCAAGCUUUUGAUGGCUAUAACUCGAAAAUAAUCGAAGUUAAGCUCUUCAUUUUACCUCAGUUAAACUUCCCUUGCAAUGUUGAUACAAAAUGUUGUGUAGAUUUACUAUUGGUUAGUGUUACUUCAUCUAUUGUGCAAUUUUUGAGAAGUAAUAGUGAUGAAAAUGGAAAUGCCUUUGUUUUAAACUCUGAUGUAGUCGGUUUUACUCAAGAUGAUAUUGACAACCGAAGAAUUUCUGUAAAAUAUCUAGAAAAUGUUGCUUCUAGUAUGGAUCUGCCUUUUAGGGUGUCAAAUCGAAAUUCAAAUGAUGAAAUUGAUGUACUGUUUAAAAUGCAUUUCCUAGAGCCACAGCUUCCUAUUCCUAAUUCAUUGCACCCAAAUGAAUAUGGCAUUAUGGUUCUUCAGAAUCACCCAGCUAUCAUCACUCCAGAUCAUUUGCGAACUGAAUCUAGUGGAACAUUUCCUGACGAUGUUAUAUAUGUAAUCAUCAGAAAAUUACUCAAAGAUGAGGGAGUUUUAGAAAAUCUGGACAAUCCAGGUCAUCAACUUCAAUCCUUUACUCAGCAAGACGUUGAUAAAAUGAAAAUAGUCUAUCACCCUCCUCCUUAUCUUGAUUCCAUAGAAACACAGUUUAUAUUUCAAUUUUUUGUUAUAGAUGCUAAGAGAAAUGCUCGACUAUCACCUUUGCAAAAUUUCACUAUUACUGUUCGACCAUCCUCAACUGAUUUAACAUCUCCCGCUUCUUCCAUUGAUCAUGAAGUUACAGUUCUUCUUAGUCAAGGUGAAACAGUGGAACUUGGUACCAAUUGGCUAUCUACUGCAGGUCAUGAAAUUCCUGAAGAUCAGCUGGAAGUAGUUCUAAGCAAUGCUCCUUUGCAUGGAAUGCUGAUCCAGAAACAGAAUGGAGUAGAAAUUGAAAUUUUUGAGGAUGAUGGAUUUUCAUUUACCUCAAUCAUUAAUGAUGCUUAUUACAAGCAUGAUGGAUCUGACCAACUUAAAGAUUCUGCUGUAUUCAAAGUAAUGGGAGGACCAUAUUCAUCUCUGAACAAAGUUAAUUUUAUCAUAUCACGGUAUGACAAAGAAAGCCCUGUUAUUUUAGAUUCUACUGGUUUGAUGGGAUCUGUCACUGCAGGUGAAAUUUUAGAUCUUCAUAGGUAUCAUCUUGCUUACACAGACUUAAUUUCUGGAGAUGCAGAUAUUGUGUUUACUUUGCUUAACGAACCCAAAUAUGGCAAGCUGGAAAGAGGCGAAACUGGUAUUUAUCGGGUUUUAAAAUCAAAAGAUACUUUCACUCAGCAGGACAUAAAUGAUCUCCUUAUCAGGUACAAUGCUGACAUUGAAAUUGGCGAUGACACUGUGAGAGACUUUCUUUAUUUUGAUGUAGCAGAUGGCAGUGGAAAUGUGCAAGCAAAUCAAGUUCUGACUAUGAAAGUAAAACCAAAAAUUAAAGAACCUCCUAUUGUAAAAGUUACAGCUGAUAUUCAGGUUGAUGAAGGUGGGGGUGCAGUCAUAGAACCACAUAUAAUUACUGUAUUUGAUCCAGACUCUCCUUUGUCAGAUCUUGUAGUUGUUGUUGAAAGACAACCUGAGUAUGGAUAUUUAGAAAAUUCAAAACCUAUUCCAGGUUUAGAACUUUCAUUAAGUGGAAUUCCAAUUUCCGUUUUUCCAUACAUUGAUUUAGUAGAAGGCUAUAUAAAAUACAUUCAGCUAAGUCACCUUGGUGUUGAACCGGAGAAGGAUACAAUUCUGAUCCAUAUUACUGAUGGACAUUUGUUAUCUGAAACGCAUUUAGUUAAUAUUAUUAUAAAACCUGUGAAUGACGAAACACCUCAUUUAUUUACUGAUACUUUAACUGUGCAUCAAGGUGGUUAUGCUAAAGUACUGAAUUCGACUAUAUUCGUUUUGGAUGCAGACACAAGUCCUAACAAUUUACUAAUUCAAUUCAAUAAUCUCACUCGAAUGGGUUCGCUCAGAAAGCUGCGAGACAAUUCAUAUAAUUUUCUUCAUAGCAGAAGAUUUACUGAAGAAGACUCAUUUACAUUCCAGGAUGUACUUGACGGCCUUGUGAUGUAUGUCCAUGAGUCAGCAUCAUCAAGCAAUGAUUCAUUUACUAUUACAGUUAGUGAUGGUUUUCAUAUUGAUACAUCUACUGUAGAAAUUGUCAUUAUUGUUAAAGAUAGAGAAGCACCAUUUUUACUUCGUAAUUUGGGAUUAGAAUUAGUGUCUGGAAACUCAAGCACUAUUACUAUAACAAACUUACAUGCUACUGACAUGGAUAGCCCAGACGAGUCCUUAAUUUAUACUGUUACUAAUGGUCCAACGUCAGGUUUAUUGAUGCUGCUGAAGAAUGAUGUUCUGGAAACUGUUUCAACAAUUGAAAUUGAUGGCGUAAAACGUAAUCAGUUCACUCAAAUGGAUAUAAAUGAAGGGAAUUUACUAUUUCACCAUUCCAUUUCUGAUCCUAUUGGAACUCAUUAUUUUAAAUUUAACAUUCAUGAUCUAGCAAAUAAUGCUUUGAUGGAUCAAACAUUUUUUAUUACUAUAUCAGAGGACAUAUUUCCACCCAUGAUAACGAAAAAUGCUGGUUUAACUGUUCCUGAAAAUAAAUUUGCUUGCAUUACACCAGAAACCUUAAAUGCAGUGGAUGAGCAUGUGAAAUCUUCAAACAUAAUUUUCAAUGUUACAUCUGCUCCCAACCUUGGUUUUCUGCAAAAAAAGUCUCACAGAAAUUUGCAAAAUUUUACAAUGUCAGAUAUUUUUUCUGGAAUCGUUUGUUAUAUGCACACUGCUCAAACAAAUGAAGCUCUAGAUAGCUUUACUUUUACUGUAUCUGAUGGAAAAAAUCAUAUCCCGCGAAAUCAGUACCCAGAACUACCACCUCUGGCAGCAAUAACAGCGCUUAUACGCCUGGGCAUUGAGUCAUACAGAGAUUGGAUGGCAUGUACAGGUACAGACACCCAUGCAGCUUCAAAACGAUGCCACAGUUCAUCGACCGUAGUGGCUGGCGUGAGCUGA